AUGGCGGGACAACAGGGGAUGAGCAGGGCGGCGGCCGGCGUGGAGCUCCGGCGGGAGGCAGAGGCGAGCACUGGGUCGGCGCCGGAGGGCGCGGGAAGCAACGGUCAACGACAGGCGCGGGAAGCAGCAGUCGACGGCAGCCAGGGCACGGCGAGGCUCAGGCGAGGUCAGGCAGUGGCCGAGCGUGGAUGCGGGCGCGGGCAGGAGCGAGGUAGCAGGAGGGGAAGGGCGCACAGUCCUGGCGCGACGCGGGGAAGGAGGCCGCGGCCCCAGGGCAGCAGCAGGCGCUGGGCGCACGAGCACGCAUGCGCUUCGGCGCAGGCAGGCGCGGCCAGGAGCAGGGGGCCGCGGGCCGUGGGGGCCUUAUCGGGCACACGGGCGCGGGUGGGCGCCGGGACGUGCGGGUGCGGGCGCCCGAACUGGUCGCAGCCAGUCGGGGCCACGACGAGGGGAAAAACGCCGGCGCGGGACCGGCGUGGCAGCAGCGAGGCCACGGCGGGGCAACAGGGGAUGAGCAGGUCGGCGGCCGGCGUGGAGCUCCGGCGGGAGGCAGAGGCGAGCACUGGGGCGGCGCCGGAGGGCGCGGGAAGCAACGGUCGAUGGCAGGCGCGGGAAGCAGCAGUCGGCGGCAGCCAUGGCACGGCGAGGCUCAGGCGAGGUCGGGCAGUGGCCGAGCGCGGAUGCGGGCGCGGGCAGGAGCGAGGUAGCAGGAGGGGAAGGGCGCACAGUCCAGGCGCGACGCUGGGAAGGAGGCCGCGGCCCCAGGGCAGCAGCAGGCGCUGGGCGCACACGCGUGCGCUUCGGCGCGGGCAGGCGUGGCCAGGAGCAGGGGGCCGCGGGUGGGCGAGCCAGCGCGAGCUGCGGUGGGGCGACGAGCGGGCGCAGUGCGCGCGGAGGGAGCGGGGGUCGCGGUGA